AGAUUCGUCGCCGAGCUUUGCUCUACAUGUUUCAAUGGUUGCCCCGUCGGUCUCUUUCCCCACUUUUUCAACUCUGUUUUUUGGCUUUUGGGAAUUCUCCAGGUAAACUUCUUCUAUUCGUUCUUCUUCUUUCUUCUGUCUUGGUCGUUUUUUUCUUUUAAUUCGAUCUGAAAGGUAAUGGGUACACGAAGUACUGGAGAAAUCAAACUGCUCAUUUGAAGAACUGGAAUUCGCUGUAGGGAGGGUGUGAGUGUGUGAAGGAGAGUUUGUACAGAGAGAGGGCACAAUUGGGGGAAGUGAGUUUGUUCAUAGAUUAACGUGAGCAGCGGCGAUGGAGAGAAUGUACGGCAGUGCGGGUGGUGGUGGUGGUUGUCCAUACGAAAAUGGGGUAGUGUUGAGCAGAGACCCAAAGCCACGGCUGAGGUGGACUGCUGAUCUUCACGACCGCUUCGUUGACGCCGUCACCAAGCUUGGUGGCCCCGAUAAAGCAACUCCCAAAUCGGUGCUAAGGGUGAUGGGCUUGAAGGGCUUGACUUUAUACCAUUUAAAGAGCCAUUUGCAGAAAUAUAGACUUGGACAGCAGGCUAGGAGACAAAAUGCCAUGGAACAAAACAAAGAGAACACUGUUUCAGGAAAUCCAUCCACACAUUACCAACUGCAUUCCUCUCGAACAAGGACUGAUCCAGCGAGAGGGGAUAGUGAUAGUGGAGGAAUCCCAAUCACAGAGGCACUAAAAUGCCAAAUUGAGGUACAAAGAAGGUUAACUGAGCAAUUAGAGGUACAGAAAAAAUUACAAAUGAGAAUUGAAGCUCAGGGAAAGUUCUUGCAAGCAAUAUUGGAGAGAGCCCAAAAGAGUCUUUUACUCAAUAUGAACUGCACGGUCAAUAUUGAAGUUGCCAGAACCCAAUUAAGCAACUUCAAUUUGACUUUAUCAGAUCUCGUGGAGAGCAUGAAUGAUGGAGAAAGCAAUCAAAAGAUACUGCACAAGAGCUGUUUUAAUGAAAUGAACAAAGAGGAAAAUGGUGGUGGUGUCCAAUUUUACCCAGAUGGAGAGGAGGGAGAAAAGAAAGAUGUGAAGCUCAAAAUUGAAGGAAGUUCUAUACAUUUGGAUUUAAAUACGAAAAGUAGCUUUGACUUCGCAGGUGUAAAUGGAGCUGAAAUGGAAGAUAAAAUGCUUGCAUACAGGAGAUAGAACUGGAUGCAUAAAGAUUGUCUUCUUAGUCCUCUUUUAACUCUAAAAUGAACUUUUCAAGCUAAUUUGUCGCUUAUGUAUGUUGCAUUUGGUUUUGUCAAUAGUUAAUUACAUGUGAAACGCUAUGUGAAAGUCAAGUGUUAAAUAUCUAAUAGUUGCACCCCAA